CAUGUACAUUAAAAACAUAUUUUCCCACAAUUUAUUUGAUAUACGCAAAAACAAACGCAAAAUCAAGCUAUCAUAGGUAAGGAUAUUCUUGAAGUCGGGUAUGAUUUACAUCUUUUCGGCCUUUUUAAAGUAGGCACCUCGUAAUCUGAGUAGAAUUAAUGGAUUGGAAAAAUCUCGUCUAGGUAAAAUAGGUGAACUAUCAAUACAGCCAACACUUACAGAAGGAAGUCCGAGAGGAAGUCUAAUUAGUAUAGGCAUAGAUUAAUUGUUUUUCGUACUUCCGAGACUAAAGUGACAACUUCACUCCAUUAUGACAAGUACGACGCCUAUUCUUGAAGCAAAGAGAAGGGAGUGCUCCCGGGGAGCUUUCAGGGAAUGUUCCCUCAUUUCUAUUCCCCGACAGGAAAAUGUCACAUUCUUGAAAUAUUGAAAGCGCUAGGGAACAUAAAGGAGGGAGCAGUACCUGGGGAGCAACGUUGCCAGUUUAGUCAACCAAUAGAGUCGCAGGAAAUUUUUGACAUUCCAUAUUUUUUCAUUAACCUCAUUUUCAGUAACGUUUUGUUUACAUUUUAAGUCAUUUUACAUUUCAUUGUUUAUCUUUUAAAAUGGAUGUGAAAUCUAGGCAAUUAAGUUCUAAACAGAAAGAGACCCUGGUAAAUUUUGUAUACGCCCGGCCUGACAUGUAUAAGGGCAAAUUAACCGGCACUUAUACAAAUGCAGUAGCAAUGGCAUUGUGGAAAGAGGUAACCUGCCUGCUAAACUCAAUUCCUGGAGGGGCUACAAAGGAUUGGAAGCAGUGGAGAAAGACAUGGACGGAUAUUAAAAAGAAUGUCAAAAGUAGAAAGACUAAGGAGCAACGAUAUAGUCAAGGGACAGGAGGUGGUCCACCAUUAUCUCCUCCCGACCCAGAGACCUGUGACGAUAAAUCAAUUGACGACAAAAUCUUAGAAAUAAUUACACCUGUUGCAAUCGAGGGAAAUGAGGAUGUACCCGAACCGGACAUUAUAUUUGACACUAUUAUAAGUGGAAGAUCAAGUGAAACCACAGAAUUGCCAGCACACUCAAGUACUGUAAUAGAGGAAUCUAUGGAAAUCUUGCAGAAAAAUGCCAUGCCUGAUGAAGUAGGGGAGGAUAUCAUGCUACACCAUGAUUACAGUUUAUCUUUACCUUCAACAAGUAAAGCAGAUCCAGUACCUGUAUCGGCUAAAAAACAGCCGAUGAAGGGUAUGAAAAAUCGAUACACAAAGUCGGCAAGGUUGGCCGACUCAAUAUCGAAUAAUAAAAAAUUUCUUGCAAUAAGCCAGAAAGGCAUUCUUUCUACCGGACUGUACAGGGAGAAAAAGUUAGAAGUAAUGAAGAAGCACUGUGAAAAUAAAGCAAAUUAUUAUAAACAAAAAAUAGAUGCUAGUGAAAAGCAUCAUCAAGAAAAUUUUAAAGUUUUGUCAGAAAUUUCAAAUUCUUUAAUUAAAAUGUCUUCCAAAUAGAUUAUUAUUGAUUUAGCGAGUGAUGUAGAAACAGAUUGAUUUUUUUUCCUGUGAUAACAAUCUGGUGAACUGUUUUUUUUUAGAAUUACAUUAUUUAU